AUGGCCUAUGGUCAUCUAUUUUUAAUAAUUAUAACAUUAUAUUUAGUAAAUUGUAUUCAAGAAUCAAUAUUAAAGAGAAUUAGAAUUGAGGAGGUUUCAUAUCUCGGUGUUGAAAUACCAAGUAGGAGAAUAUAUUUAGAGAAACAUAGUGAGUUUAUAACAACUACAACUUUAGUAGCAAAGAAAUAUAGUCAUCUUCAAAAUGAUAUAAAAUGGCUUAUAUCACAUAGACACUAUGGUGUAUUAAAAGAGAUUCUUCUAUUACAUCAUCAAAAGAUUGAUACUGAUUCAUUGUUUACAUUGGAAUAUGUACAUUCAUUCUUUCAAUCCAUCGCAACUGUUGGUGAUAGUGUAGUAUACAAUCUAUUGUUUAAAACCUUUUACAAUCGAUUAAAAGACUAUCUGGUUGGUUUAAAACUUAAAAAGAGUCUUGAUAACGUUAUACCUACCUACCUCGGUACCAUCAUUCAAUCACAUGGUAACAUUGACAUUUGGAAAUCAAUGAUCGGUUUUGUUUCAGAUUGCUUCCCAACAAUGAAAACAAUUAAAAGUCGACUACCAUCUGUACUCUACCAUUUAAAGGAUGGUGACAUUAAACGUCUCAUUCACCAAUGUAUUGUCAAAGGUCGACUUGAAAUACUAGACGAUAUCAUCACGUCCCUUAAAGACCGGUCAGUCUUUUCUCCAAUGUCUAGUAGUAUCAACGGUCAAAUGCCAGUAGGUCUCUAUGACCAAUCAGACUCUGUCUUUUAUCCACCACCCAACCUAGAAUCGAGAAACAAGAUAAAGACUAUUUUAGAGUACCUCUAUGUCAAUCUACCAAACCAACUAUUUUACAAGAUAGUCGAUGAAUCACCACUUGUUGUCAUGUCCAAUAAUACAAACAUCCUCUUUUACUAUUUUGACAAGGAUCCAGUGUAUUAUGCAGAAUGUUAUUUCUUUUACAAUCAUCUUUAUCAAGACACCAACCUUGACGAGGUUAAAAUGCAACAUACCACUCUAUCCCUUCUCUUGACUCACUAUCAAGAUAAAUUAAAUAUUGAUAUUAAAUCAAUUGACAGUGUAAUUCAAGCCAAAGAAGAUGAAUUUAAUUAUUAUUUAUUUUGGUUGGUAGAGGCACACUACAAAUUUCUCAAAUUACACAAAUCAACUUUUAAAAUCAUAUCAGAUAGAAUUCAAUCUAGUCAACAACAAAUAAUUAGAUUUAUAAAUAAUCAUUUUGAUCAACUGGUAGAAGUAUUGGAUCAAUGGAUGAAACUAUUAGAUUAUAUAUUGGAGCGAUUCGGAUUUGAAAUGAUUUAUUGGUAUGGUGAUUUAAAAUUGGUAAAAGAAUCUUACAAUCUAAUCAAAAACAAGAUACGAGUUGAUCAAGACAAAGUAAAAUCAGACAACUUGUUGAUAAAACACAAAUUAUUGGAUCAAAGUGGUUUAUUUGAAUCAAUGGUCACUUGGAGAUGGGAUAUUGUAGAGUUUUUAGUAUUAGAGACUGAUAUUUCUUUUCGAUCAAGUCCACGUCUACUCCAAGAUGCUCUAUCAAAUGGGUACUUUUUAGUGGCUGAUCGACUACUUGAAACCAAUCCAUACCUACCACAAACAUUAAAUUCCUCUAUAGUAUCGGUCAAUAGUGUUGAAAUGGCAACCUACUUUCAAAAAACAAGACCUCAACUCUCACAAGACAACCAAAAGAAUAUUACAUUGACCAAAUACUUUCUUGACCGACACUUGGAAGAGCCUCAUUUCGAAUUUCCUAGUUUUAUCAAUGAUCUAUCAAAGAAUAGUCACUAUCUUCCAGUGAUCGAAUACAUCGACCAUUAUUUAAAACAAAAUUCAAAAUCUGGUGGUGGAGGUUUUUUAAAGAGUUUUAUAAUACCAAUUGACAGUGCCAUAAAAAGAUUGGAUAUCGAGUUGAUAAAAUGUGUGGUAGAUCUUGGUAUUCCUUUUGAAGUGACAGAAUUUACUCCAUGGCAAACAGUUGGCCAAUAUGGUUCUAUGGAUUGGGUUGAAACUCUUCUUUUAAAUAAUCAACCCAUGGUGCGGAUUGGAUCUUUUAAAUUGAUUAGCGUCCUCUUUUAA